UCAAAAACUGGAGACAUACACCAUCACAACAUCAAGUCCAAGAAGCUUCAAGAAUGAAACUCUCACCUGAAUUUGCUGGGAUUACCAAUAAGAAAUGCACAGCACAUAUUGUGGAAGAUAUUGGUAUUUUACCAGAAGUUGACCAACUGUGUAAAUUGGUUUUGUCAGAACCCAAUUUAUUGAAACAUCCAGCUGAUAACGUGGAAAUUUCCUUGAAAAAAGCCAAAAUUGGCAGAAAAAAACGCUAUCCAUCAGAUACAUCAGUUUCUUCUGUGAUACGUCAGACUUUCCAAGUAUCAUUAGCUGUUUAUGGUCUUAGAAAAGAGGUGUAUGCUUGUUUCGAUCAUUUCACACCCAUUGAGACCCAAACACACGUUUUAAUGUUUUUGAGAAAGCUCUUGGUUGCCUGGCCUGAUGCAGCUGAGCUUGAGGAUGAUAGUAAUAGUAAACGUGUACAACGUGUGCAACCAUUAGUAUAUGCAAUCAAUAAUAGUGACGAUAGUGUUUUGUAG